AUGGCAGUGUCAGCUGAGGGUAACAUUGGCACGACCAAGAUGAAACUUGAAUGUCCUUCCGAAGCACCACACGUCAAAGUCUACCUUGCAUCCAAAUCAUCGCUGAAAGAUCGUCGUGUUCUUGUCGACUCGGCUGUUCCACUCGAGGCCUUGACUCAACUCUCUGGCUAUUUUCGUGAUGCUUUCCCAGUAGUCACCGAAGCCUCACAAGAGUCUCUCAUCCCCAACAUUGGACCUGAUCAACACAACAGAGAGGCCUCAUUCGCUCCAGCACAAGUUGCACAUGUUCCUGGUGGUCCCAUCAGCAUCACAAUCAUGGGCGGUGACGCACUCGCCGACGAGACUUUCAAGAUCAUUCUUCGCUGGAUACUUGAUACUUACAAGUCAGGUGAAACUGAGCAGAUUUCUGACAAGCUCUCUUUCACCGAUCUAAUUCAUUGCAUGGGCGUCGCCGAGCUUCUUGCAGUUCCUGUGGCGCUGAAAGACCAGUUCUACCAGCGCUUGGCCAAGAUUGCUGACGAUCAAGUUCCGCUUGAUGAUGUCAAAGCCUUGUAUGCUCACGCAACAACAGAUCAUCCAGCUCGCUCUAUGGUUGUUGAGAGCGUUGGCAAUGCGUACUUGGAGAAGCGGCUGAAGAAUCGGAACGCAUACUACGAAUAUUCUGACGAGAACGAGGAAUUCAAGAAAGAUCUUCAGCGGUACAUGGCGGAAAAGAAUACCCCUUUCAAUAUUUCAGGCACCGAACCACAUGCGGUCACGAUCACUAACGAAGCGAAAGGUAGAGAUGAGACACAGGGAACCGAAGCAAACAGCAUGAGUUGGGGUCCAGCAACCACUACGACACCUACCUUUGCAUCAAGCUGCGGUAACCAGGCCUUGAAGCCUUCAGAGCGCUCAUAUCUCCCAGCUCCGAUCGUUUCUUUUGAUGGACCUGCUGAUGAGUGGAGCCCUGUGGGUGGUGUCGCUGGUGACCAAUGGACCGCCUGUGCACCCGGCUGGCAAGACACGUCUGCACCGGCAGGAGGCUUUGGUGAGGAUGCCUGGGCCACCACAGGAGGCGAGUCAACCAACAACAACGGCUGGGGUGAUGACACUGGCGGUGGAGGAUAUGCAGCAACUGAAGAUGACAAUACCUGCCGUCGUUGCAAGCAAAGCGGCCACUUCGCUCGAGAUUGCCCUGAGCCACGUAAUGACAACUGCUUCAACUGUGGGCAACCAGGCCACAUCUCCCGCGACUGCACUGAGCCAAAGAAACCUCGUGGAGAUGAUCGUACUUGCCGUAAGUGCAAUGAAGUCGGCCAUAUUGCUCGCGACUGCCCCGCAGGCGGUGCUGGUGGAGGGGAUCGUGCAUGUCACAAAUGUGGCGAGGUUGGGCAUUUCUCACGAGAGUGUACCUCUUCCGCCUUCGGUGCCACGGCUGGAGGUGCUGGAGGUGGCAUGAAAUGCUACAACUGUCAACAGUAUGGUCACAAGUCGAGCGAAUGCAUCAAUGAACCUGUCGAGCGUGAGUAUGGUUCCGACCCUCGUACUUGCAACAAGUGUGGUCAACAAGGUCAUAUUUCCCGCGACUGUCGUGAAGAUGGUGGUGACUCCUACUCUAUGCAGCAUGCUGGAGGUGGCUACGGCGAAGAAUACAACACUGGCUAUGGCGGUGGCUAUGAUGGGCAGGCUGGCCUAUACGAUCCGGGUGCUGGCGCUGAAGCGAACGUUGACCCUCCUCGUGAGGAAGUGGUCAAUGUCACAGUUACUGCCACUCGUGUUCGCAAAGGCAAGAAAGGACGACCAGGAUAUGUUGACGUCACUCAAAUGCUGUAUGAUCCUCGCGCCUAUGAAGGACCUGAGCCUACUUCAUCCUAUGGAGGAGGUGGCGAGCGUCGUGGUGGUGGAGGUCGAGGUGGACGUGGCGGGCGUGGCCGUGGCCGUGGUGGACGUCGUAACGUUGGAGAUGAUGGAGGUCAUGGAGGAGAUUUCGCCAACGACCCACCAGCAGCCGAGGAGAUUGCGACUGUUGCAGUUGAGGGUGAUUGGGCCGAUGCUGGCGAUGCUGGCGAUGCUGGUAUCCCCUCAGCGCCGGCAGCAUCGGGCUGGUAA